GACUCCCUGCCGAGCAGGGAGCCCGAUGCGGGACUCGAUCCCGGGACUCCAGGAUCAUGACCUGAGCCGAAGGCAGUCCCUUAACCAACUGAGCCACCCAGGCGCCCAGCUCCCCUGUUUUUAUCUGCAUGUGAGCCUGCCCUGUGCUGGGGCCUGGGCAAGAGCCAAGUUGGCAUUUAACACAUUAUGAACUAUUCCCGUCUUUCAGGCUGGUGUUCCGAGAAAUGUGCCAGCUCUGCACGUUACCUGACCUUUCAUGAGGCGUAUUUUUCCUUGAGAACUAAACAUUAUUUAAAAUCUCUAGUUAUACUUGGCUUUUACAAGCUGUCAUAUGGAACAGUAUCUCUCCCAGUUUCCUAAAGUGAACCCACAGGUAACAGAUUUAAGUCCAGGGAGCUCUUGCUUGAUCUUAAUAAGUAACAGCUUUUGGCAUGCCCGCUGAUUUUGAUCCUUGUUUCUUUUUUUGGGGGGGGGGGCGGAUUUGAAACCUGUUGGCCUUACCACUACCACUGGCACUUUCAUUGUCCCCCAGUACGUUAACAACGGCGUUAACGCAAAAGUGCACCAAAGGUGUGUCUCUUUAUCAGCCGUCACUCCCAGAUUCUAGUUCCUGGAAGCCCGAGAUGCUGUUAAAUCUGUGUGUCCCAGCGUGAGAGUCCAUCUCCCACAAAUGUGGAUUGCAGUGACCUGUCCUUCGCAAGUAAAGGCUUAAAUUGCUGACAGAGGAUAAGAGAUGCGGGGUCACAUCGGGGUGUGGCCGCCUGUUCUUCCUCCGAGCUCUGUCCUCUGGAAGAGGAUCGUUGGCGCUCAGAGCUUUUCCACUAACUCGGCCCUGUGCCUCGAGGGGAAAUGGGCCGAGCAGGAUCUGAGGACGUGUGGGUGGAGCAGUUUGGAGUGCCUCAUCCAGUUGGUGAGAGCUGGAGCCACGCUGGACGUCUCCACUACACGCUACGCACAGACCCCAGCCCACAUCGCUGCUUUCGGGGGCCACCCCCAGUGCCUCAUCUGGUUGAUUCAAGCAGGAGCCAGCAUUAACAAACCGGACUGUGAGGGCGAGACCCCCAUUCACAAGGCGGCUCGCUCUGGGAGCCUGGACUGCGUCAGUGCCCUGGUGGCCAACGGGGCCCACAUCGACCUGAGAAAUGCCAGUGGCCUGACAGCAGCAGACAUUGCUCAAACCCAGGGUUUCCAAGAGUGCACCCAGUUUCUCUUGAACCUGCAGAAUUGUCACCUGAGCCGUUUCUAUGAUAACGGCCCGGUAAAUGGGGGCCAUCAGAGCCGAUUCCCUAAUCAUACUAGUGCGGGAGCCAGUCGCAAGAGAUGCUUGGAAGAUCCGGAGCCCUUUGGAGUAAAGAAGGCUAGAACCGAAGCCCGGAGCUCGGGUCCCUGCAGGCCGCUGGGGAAUGGCGACGCCGAUGACGAAGCUGACACGAUGCUGGUCGAUAGAGAGCUUGCUGCUGUAACAGAUAUGAAAAACAGUAGCCCCGUGUCGGAUACAUUGACAAAUGGAUGUGUCAUCAAUGGACAUUUGGACUUCCCCUCCACGACACAGCUCAAUGGGAUGGAGAGCAGGAAUGACCAGUGCUUAUCAGGAUCUAAUGGAAUUAGCAAUGGAUUAGUUCGAGGACGGCCUUUUCCAAGUAGCCAGGGUUCUGUUUGUGUUAAUGGGACUGAGGACCCAGAAAAGACCAUGAGCGUUAACGCGGAGAUGUGUGGCUCUCUGCACCUGAAUGGGAGUCCGAGUAGCUGCGUAGCUAAUAGACCUUCCUGGGUGGAGGACAUUGAGGAGAAUCUGCACUACGGGCAUUACCAUGGGUUUGGGGACACUGCUGAAAGCAUCCCCGAGCUUAAUAGCGUGGUGGAGCACCCCAACUCCGCGAAGGGGGAAGAGAGACACGGCGGUGCUGCCCUGGGGGCCAUGCACCUCUACCACGGCUCGUAGAGACCAGCGGCCUGACUGUAUCUGGACGCACUCGUCCCUCCUAGUAGCCAACUCAGAAUACUCACAUAGCAUCCAUUGGAGGGAAUGCCACGACUUGUACUAUUUUUUUAUACUUCAGCUUUCUGAAAAAAAAAAAGCUUUUAUUUGAAAAGUUCCUCGUGAGUCCUAUCGUAUGCACGAGUAAGGCUGAUUUAGCGCCCAGGUGUUUCUUCCCGUGGGGUGGCGAGCCUCUUUCAGAAUUUGAUUUUUCUGCUGCCAGCCUCAGUGUUUUCCUUUGAACACCGUCACCACAAAAUGCCGUCUUUCCUCUUGUCAAGUAAAAUUACAUCAGAUCAGCAUAAAUGAGAGGCAGUAGAUGAGGUGCCUGGUGACUCAACUCCUUGCACAUAGUCAUUUUGAAAAGCUUGCUUUUACUCUUCCCUGUAGAAUUUAUGACCGAAGACCGCUCUUUCCCUAUGCAAAGUACAGCCUUACAAAGAUUUCUUGAAGAAAAGAACAUUUGUCUUUUUCAAAGUCUUUUCACUGAAACUUUGCAACUUGCCAUGUGGUGGGGUCUGGCUUACAGGCACACGUGGUGACUUGGGGAUGGAAGUGGCCCCUUCAGCGGUGUAACUCCCUGCCCCAGGUUUCACUGAAAACACCUGCAGCCUGGGACUGACUUCUGAGCUCUUGUGAUUUUUAUUCCACAUUUCUUGCUUUGUCUCUACAGUUUUUACCACAGAUAACGGUUUUCUUUAUAUGUAGUGGAAAUUACUAUUUGUAGGAACUGUCAGGUCAGAAUAUUUAACUGACUGUUUUGACUUGUAUUUUCUUUUUUCCUUGUUUUUGUUUUUGGGGGUUUUCUGCUUUAAAAUAUGUACCACUAUGUAUAUCCAGUCCACUGAGAGAAUUUUGGAUCUCUCUUAAUAAAACUGCACUAAGUUUAUGGUUUUAUAGAAAUUAGCUUUUGUUUAAGCAGCUAGUGGUCACACUGUGCAAAUAUUGUAAUGAAUUUUUACUUUUCUGAUUUUUGUAAUAAAAAUUGGUGGAGACAGAGAAAAUGUCAAAUGAACAAGCCAAUGUUCUAAGAGUGUUACUAACAUCUUGUUUUUAAACUGUACUUUACAAAUUGAAUAAAAAACUCUCACACUCGA